AUGGAAGGAUGCCGGUUGACUGAAGACAACGUUGUCAAAGAGAGCCCCCAAACGAAGUCGACAACAUUAGCAGAAAGUAGAGACAGAGAGACAACUCACAACGAACGCAGCAAGACAACUACGGUGUCAGUGGAACAACCGUUGAAUGACGACCAACUAUCGAAUGACGAGGAAACAAUGGACAGUGGAACAGAGAGAACUGACAACGCACGUACCAACACAGAAGCAAGUGCGGUAACAGUAGAACAACUGUUACCGGUAAAACUCCCACAACCAGCAAACGAAGCAUCGCCUAAUGAGGAAGUUAUAGACAGCCAGACUAUUCGUACCUAUUCACCUCCAGCAGGAUGG